UUGGUACCGGACUGUUUCCAUUGUGGGGGGAAAAAAAAAAAAUUAUCUUAAAUCCGAUUCAAAAUGGGAACCGAAGUUCAACAAUGCGAUACUGUGGCGCGUGAUUUGUUUCUGUCUCUACCCGUAGCUCGUAAGGCUCGUAUAGUGGAUCCGGAGAGAGACUGGCUGCCCUCUCUGGACCGAGAGCAGCAGGAGGCACGGCUCCGAGCCAAGGCAAAGAGGAGACAGCGAAAGUCCUCUUCUCGGGACUCUGGAUGCGAGUCCUUCUCGGAAAAUGUGGACGUUGUUGUUGUUCGGCCUGGGAGUCCCACAAUCCGGGUGUUUGACAGGAAGUGUAGGUCUGGGAAGAGCAGAGGACUGCCCAAGAAAGGGGGUUCUGGAGGGAAAGGAGUUUGGGGAGCACCCCCAGAGGUCUAUGAUCUUGAGGACCCCAGCUAUGAAGAUGAAGAUGCUCAAGAGGGGGAAACUGUUUAUGAAACGGUUGUCCUAGAACUGGAUGGUGAAGAGUUUAACAAGACAGUGACCCCUAUUAUACAGGAGUAUUUCGAGCAUGGAGACACCAAUGAGGUGCUGGCUCUCCUGGAAGGUCUAACCCUUGGCAGGAGAAAGUAUGAGAUCCCAUUCCUGGCUGUAAACCUGUCUCUGGAUGGCAAGGCCAGCCACCGGGAGCUAACCUCCUGUCUGCUCACUAACCUUGUGGGGAAGUGUCUGUCCAGCAGGGAUGUGGCAGUCGCUUUCGAUGCCCUGCUGGAAGAGCUGCCCGAACUGAUCCUGGACACGCCUGCGGCACCGCAGAUGUUGGGCCAGUUUAUUGCUCGUGCAAUAGCUGACCACGUGCUCCCUGCUGAUUACUUGGAAGGUUACAAAGGCAAAGUGGAUUGUGAUCAUGUUCGGGUGACGCUGAAUCGGGCUGCUGUGCUGCUCAGCAUAAAGAGAGGUCGGUUGCGUCUGGACAAUGUUUGGGGGGUAGGCGGAGGACAGAGACCUGUCAAAGAGCUUGUUAAAGAGAUGAACUUGCUGCUGGAAGAGUAUCUGUUCUCUGAGGAUGCAAAGGAGGCUGAGAGGUGUGUGCGUGAGCUGGAGGUGCCACAUUUUCACCAUGAGCUUGUCUAUGAGGCUGUAGUGAAAGCUGUUGAGUCAAUGAAUAGAGAGAGCCCCAAGAGGAUAAUGAAGUUGCUGAAAUCUUUCUGGGAAUCUGGACUUGUCACUGCUGACCAAAUGAUCCAGGGGUUUAAGCGAGUGUUUUCAAUGACACAAGACCUUCACCUGGACAUCCCAAACUGUUACCCAGCUCUGGAGAGUUUUGUGGAACUGUGUUACCUGGAAGGUGUAAUCAGCAAGCAGCUCCAUGAUCAUUGCCCUACAGAACAGGUGAAUAACAGUUGAAGAGGAAAAUUGUUUUAUACAGACCAGGACGUCCAGUCUAUUUUUGAAAAUGUACCUCUUUGACAUCCUCAUUAGAAUUGAAGAAUUUCCAGUCUGUUUUGGAUGUAUAUUGGGUAUGUUUCCUUAAAGGGUAUUAACAGCUAACUGCUAGCAUGUCUAAGCAAAGCUACAAAUCCUAUUUCUGCAUUGUGUAGCAGGGCAUUCAGGGUAUUUACACACUCCUGGUUGUACACAGUGGUUUGCAGAGUAAGGUUAUCUCCAUAAGGUGUGUGUUCAAUGUGGGACAGUAUUUGAAAUGUUAAUAUAAUUAUUUUGAAUGUGGUAAAACAAGCCUUACACUUUUUACAUUUUUUUGAUGAUCCAGUACUAAGAAUCUGCUUAGAGUGUUGGCAAUUUAUGUUUAGAAUGGUUUGGGGCCAAAUAACACGCAGUAUUUUUUAGAAGCCGAUUUUGUUUAUCAAAUUAAAUAUGCUGUUGUCAUUCUGGGCAUUACUUCAUAUUGAAAUGUUACCUGUUAGUCUUGGAAACAAGUCCUAUUCAAUAAAGAUCAAUAUGUAAAACCAAAAAA